ACAGUAUAGGUGAAAAUAUGGAAGAAUAUUGUGAUAUUGUCCUGUCACAACAAGGACGAGAAAAAUUGGUAGUGAAAGGUUAUUUAAUGGUUAAAGAUAAAAAUAGAGACGAUCUGUAUUAUUGGAAUUGUGAAAAAAAAGUAUUAUUUAAAUGCAAAGGGCGUGCGUCCACUAUUUUAAUUGAUGGAAGACAUAAGUUGAGGUCCGACAAUGACCAUAAUCAUGCUCCAGAAGCUAGUCGAGCUCCAGUUGCUAUUGCAAAUUCUAUAUUAAAAGAUACAGCCCGGUCUACAACAAAUAAACCGUCCCAAAUUAUUCAAUCUACACAAUCCAACGUUUCAGAGAAUAUAAAACCUUAUCUUCCUAGUUACGAAGCACAACGAAAAAAAAUAAAGCGUGCACGUAUUACUCACCAUCAUACAGAACCAAAUUCAAUUGAUGAUCUUAAUAUACCGGAUAAUUUGAAAAAAACACUAUCUGAUCAAAUAUUUCUCAUUAAAGAAUCAGUAAUAGGUGAAGAUAAGAUACUUGUAUUUUCUACUGUGAAUAACGUUCAAAAACUCAGUCAAUCAAUGUUUUGGAUAGUUGACGGUACUUUUAAAACAGUGCCUACUAUAUUUACGCAACUGUAUACUAUUCACGCACAAGUUGGUUUCGGUGACAACUCUAGAGUUUUGCCUUUAGUAUAUGUUCUUAUGACAAGUAAAAGAGAGCAAUGUUAUAACCAAAUGUAUCAGGUAAUAAUGAAAAUGCAACAUUUUUUAUUAAUUUAG